CUCACCAAAUGAGUGGAUGAAUUAAAUAAUUUUAUGUUUAUAAAUUAUAAUAUAAAUAUAAACUUUGAUGCUAAACAAUGGGAAUAGAAGUGGAUAAAUUUGUUACCAAAAUUGAUGAUGAAUUAAAAUGUUGUAUUUGUUAUGGAGUUCUCGAAAAUCCCAUACAAAUUGUUGAAUGUGAGCACACAUUCUGCUUAAUUUGUAUCCAAGAAUGGGUCCGAAGGACACCCAAAUGUCCAAUAGAUAGAAGGGAUGUCACGACUGAAAGUCUUAAACCCGCGUCAAGACUAUUGAAUAGUUUUCUCAAUCGGUUAGAAAUGAAAUGCAGUUUUCGUGAGUUUGGCUGCAAUUCUGUGGUUAAUAUGGAUUCAAUGGCUUCGCAUACAAGUGAAUGCGCUUACAAUCCUGAGGUCACUUUCCUGUGCGAUAAGGGCUGUGGAGUUAUGCUAAAUGUGCGACAAAGACAGGACCACAACUGCAUUCUCGAAGACAUUCUCUCAAAUGUUGAGAAUUUAAGUCAAAAAGUCAAGAAUAUUGAAACCGAAAACUCAGAACUCCAUAAAAGGAUUGAAAUUCUAGAACAAAGAUCUCAUAUCAACGAAGAACUCGAGGAACAGUUGGAGGCGAUUGAGAAGAAGUACACAGAAAUGUUGUCACGUCUGUCAGCAUUUCGUUUGUCAUUGAAUGAAACUUUAGAUCCAAAUCUGGCCAAUGGACAAACUCAAGAAACUCAAAGAAAUAGUCUUAUGAGAGAUGAGAGCAAUAGUUCGAUGAAAAGUCACCAGAGAUUAGGCGCUAUUAAAACAAUUGUCGUCGUUCACCUGAUGUUCUCGAGUUGGUAA